GCCAGUCUGGCCGGUGAACGUAAAGGUGGGAGUGUUCUGUGAUUCGGGGUCGACUGCAGCGGGCGGUGGGGCGACCGGGCGUCGCGACCGCCUCGAGCUCAGUGACACAGUGCACGAUGAGUGGCAAAGUGGACGAGAAUGGUGGCCGGUUAGACGAGUCCCCGGAGCGGGACGCCAUGCUGGACGGCGCAGAGCCCCGCAAACGGUCACCGGGCCGGCUGUCGCGCGCCACGGACGCGCUGGGCCUGCCGUGCCGCUGGGCGGUGGUGCUGGUGGUGCUGGUGAUGCUGGUGCUCGUGCUGCUGGCGGCAGUGAUCGCGCUGGCGGCGAGCUGGCCGUCUGCCCCGGUGGAGAAGCCCGUCAGCCGCUGUGAGUCGGUUCACUGCCUGAGCGCCGCCGCGCAGCUGAAAGCCGGCGCGGUCGGCGAUGACGCCAUGGCGUGCAACACGUUCUGGGAACACAGCUGCUCGGCCUGGAUGGAGCGCAACCCCAUACCGGCCAUCGACAGCGAGUGGGGCGUCACUCAGAAAAUGCGCCGCUCCGCCGAGGAGCGUCUGCAGAGGAUCCUCUCCACUCUGCCGUACGUCGAGUCGCCGCGCUCCUACCUGUGGAAGCUGAGCGCUCUCUACAUGGGCUGCAUGGAUCGAGCGGCGCACCCGGACCGCUCCGACCUCGCCACCAAACUGCUCGGAGUGGUCAGCAGUCUCGGUGGUUUCGAACCGCUAGGCAAGUUUGAGCGGCAGCUGUGGAACCCGGGCGCCGUCAUCCGCCAGCUCCACGCCGACCACAACAUCGACGUCUUCUUCAGGAUCGGCGUGGUGGCCGACCCUGACAACGGCACCAACAACGUGCUGCAGAUAUCGCCGGGUGGCUUCGGCCUGCGGGAUCGUGGCCACUACUUCAGGGAGCCAGACGACCCGGUGGUGACGGCGUACCAGCGCUACAUCCAGGAUGUCCUGCUGCGGAUCGGCGUCACUGUAGACAGCGCCGCUCGGUUCGCCAAGAACAUGUUCCACUAUGAGAGGCGGCUGGCGGAGGCGUCGCUGGACCCGCUGGAGAGGAGUGACCCGGCCAGCACCCCGCACCCGCAGCGGGUCACUGUUGACUGGCUCCGCAAGGAGUCGCCUCAGAUUGACUGGUUGAACAUCCUACGGGACGUGUAUCCCGCCGGGAAAAUCACGAUGGAGACAGAGGUCGUGCUGCCCGACCAGCAGUACGUCCUGGAGGUGUCCAAGAUCGUGUCCAGCACAGCCACCAGCUCGAUGAACGAGUACCUGAUGUGGCGACUGGUGGACGGCUACCUGCCCUACCUCCCGGAGGCGGAUCGCGCCGCGCUGGACGUGCUGCGAUCAGAACUCACCGGUGUGAGGCGCCAGCCGCCGCACUGGCUGACCUGUACGAGGAUCACGCGCCAGCUGCUCCCGCUGGCGGCUGGAGCCCUGCUGGCGCGCGACGAGCCGUCGGAGGCGAGGGAGCACAGUCAGCGGGCGGCCACGGACCUUUUCCAGUCGCUGCAGCAGGGUCUGGGCGGGGCGCUCACCUACAGCCGGCUGGUCAGCGACCGGAACCGCGCCGCCGUGCUCCAUCAGAUAUCCAGCGUUGACCUGGUGUGCGGCUACCCGGCCGUGCUGCUGGAGGACAAGCUGCUGGACAAGGUGUACUCGGAACUGAACGUCAUGCGGCACAACUUCUUCGACAGCGUGCAGGCGGCCCGGCGCCACCAGAGGAUUAUUGAACAGAAGGCCUACCUGGUACCCGGUCAGGAGCAGGAGUUGGAGCCGCUCCUGAACGGUGCGUCGGUUAGCUACAGCCAAGCACAUCACACGGUCGUCGUACCUGAUUACCUCCUGCAGCCGCCGCUCUUCGAGCCCACCUACCCUCCUCCUUUCAAGUACGGAGGUCUGGGCACGCGGCUGGCAGAGGCCCUGCUCGCUGCCAUCAAGCCGGGCAGCCUGGCGCUCGCCGAGGAGGAGACCAAUUCGACAGCCGACGGCGGGGACACGAUGGCCCACAACCGGGAGACGUUCCGACGCUGCAUUUCGGCGGCGCUCUCCAAGUCCCAGCUUGAGCCGCAGACGGUGGCGAAGGUGACCACGUCGGCCUCCGACCAGGUCCUGGCUCUACGGCUAGCUCUGCAGACAAUGCUGGCGCACCUGGAGGAGGUUGGGGACGAACAGCUGCCCGGCUUAGAAGAUAUGUCGGCGGAAAAAGUUUUCUUUUCUGCCUUUGGCCAGAGUUUGUGUUUGCACAAGACGGAGGAGAAGAGCCGGUGGGACGAGUUCACAAAGUUCAAGGUCGAUGGAAAGGUCAAGCUGGAGCUUACAGUGGGGCAGGCGGCACCGUUCCGGGAAGUGUUCAACUGCAACGAAACGCACGCACAUGUGCUCAAAGGACCGUGCGGCUUUUUCGUGUAAACGUGCGUGAAUGUGCAGCCAGAGCGAAAGGAAAGCGAGAGUCGACGUUUUGCGUGAUACAGAACCAGAAGUAGCUGACGCCUGAGGCGCGCACUUCCUUUUGACGCCGAAGGUAGGCGGUCAUGACGAAUGGAGGACAUGCAGUGGGCCAAGAGCAAGUAUGCAAUGUUGUACGUCAAAAAAAUGAUUGCUGUGCCCGCUGGGGCAUCCCAGUCCCAGGAACUCGGCGCUUUUUGCCGAGCUCCAAUUAUUUUUUGUCGCGUGUGUUGUUAUUUGUUUCAAAACGUGCAUUUCAAUUUUUUGCUACGGUGCAUCUGUCAUGUCAUGAGUAAGCGUGAGUGCGAUAGUGAAGAAGGGAGUAGACUAACUUUAUGCGUGGUGUGGGUGUAAGCUUUGGCAUUUUAGAGCUUAGGUUCUAUGUCAUUGUAAAGGCGAACGAAAUAUGCCAUCCCGAUACCUAAGUUUGUAUCGGACGAACAAUGUCAGAAUACGUGAUUGUUUUUACUCUGUGGGUCUUUUUAGUCACUAAUUACUCGCGAGGUAGGUACGGGAGAGGUUACUUGGAACAUUUUUUUCUGCAUCUCUCAGGAACAUCUAGGAUAACGUUUAACGUACAUGCACUUUGAAGUAGUUAGCUACCUUGAAGAUAGGAUUUCUGGCUAGACUGCACGUUUUGUUAGGUAAGCUACGUCACAGGUGCUGCGCGAAGCAUCUUUUUUAUCGUUUUUGGAUGGGCAACUUUUUUUUCUUGUCUGUAUUUAACUGAGUUCAUGAACUUCUAAUGCUAUCGACCUGCUGCAUAAUUUGCGAGAGAUGAGAGGGACAAAGCUACUUCUUGCCACACACUGCACGAAGGAUAAAAGUAAAACCACUUCCUAUCGGUACUACACAUCAUUUUAACUACACCAAAUUAAGUGCGUUCGGAAUUAGUGCGUACUUCAUUUUUAGCUUCAUUUUCAGCAUGAUUUGAAGUCAUUAAAAAAUGUGUGAAAUUGAACGGAGACGGCUGAUCCAUCAAUCCCAAUAAAAAACCUAGGAUAAGAUAGCAGCAAUCGGAUACGAAAUGCCCUCCCUUGCAUCUCCAAUUGACAGCAAACUUUAUACUCUCGUCUGUGCGGAGGUUCACGCGCGGCAUCAGACUACAUGCGAAAUUUCCAUUCGCGAAUCUCCCUGGCAAUAGAGCGUGCCAACCUUCCACUAGAACAAUGCAACCAUUUGUUCACCUUUUUAGGUUCCUCCGUUAUCCUGGCUUUGCGAAUAAUCCAAAUAAAUAAUAAAAUCAUUAUUCCUUAAUUAAUGUCACCUGUGUCUGCUUCAACAGAAAAUCGUGCAAUCAUGCUAAAAGCUAAUGGUUUGUCCUGAGCUUCAGUGCCCGUGCCAUAUGGUCCAAUGUUCAUUAUGAAUGAAAGGUGCGCAUACUUCGAUUAAGCUUAUUUUAAAUUAAGAUCUAGACGAUCUCGUAUGACCAGCAAAUGCAAAACUCGGCGAGAACUCGUAAGGCAAAUAUGACUAUGUGGUUCGAAUAAAUUGGGAAAAUUGAGUCGUUUCCUCUGCGAGAUGUGUCCCAACCUCCCAUGUUUCAUUUUCCCAGUGCACGAACGCUGUCUAGGUAGCCAGUGGCUGUUGUUCAUGCGUGUGCCAAGUAUGUCGUGUUCGUUUGACGUUUACGACGCGUGAUGUCCAAGUGCACCAAUGAAUCCAUGGUAUGGUCUUGUUUUGUCAAUAAACUGAAAUUCGGAAACGAA